AGCAGAGAAUGACUCCACUAUUUGUUUCUAUAGAAGUCUAUGAAAAAAUGACUCUUACUUCUCACUUGAUUUAUAACGUCAGUAAACAUUUUCCAGAGGAGUUUAUGGUCUAAGUCUCUAGUUUCAAGUCUUCUUCAAUACAACAUGAUGUUUUUGUAAUUUAUGGUCCGUUAAGGGUCAAAUAGACAAUAAAGCACUGUUAAUGUUUGAUAAACCUGUUGCAUAACACCAGAGCUCUCUGCAUGUCUUUACUUGGGCUUAGUGAAGGGCCGUUUCCAUGGAAAUGUUGCUCAGCCAUAAAACAAAAAGUUGACUGAGUCUAAACCCUGAGGUCCUUGCUGUCUGCCUGUUAAGAAACACACACACGCGCGCACACACACACACACACACACACACACACACACACACACAGGAGUAUGACCUGGAGUGUGUGUGUGUUUGCUGAAGAAUGACUUACUUUUUUUUUUCCGUCUUCGCACGCAGAGUUCUGGAUGGAAAAAAAACACAAAAGCUGCGGGACUUCGUCUCUCGUUCCUAUGACUCCCAAGAAACCUCAGCAGUGGCUGCAAGUGGUUGGACAUGCAGGGAGCUUUCAUGUAGGGGAUUAUGGAACACUGCUGAAGAGGUUUUGUAAGAGGGAGCAACAAUGCUACUUGAGGCUGAUGACGGACACUUUGAGGCCCUUUGUUCCAGCCUACCACGGUGUUGUGCAGCGGGACAAGCAGGAUUACAACAUGAUGGAUAACCUGCUGACCCACUUCAACACACCUGCCAUCAUGGACUGCAAGAUGGGCAGCCGCACAUACCUUGAGGAGGAGCUGCACACGGCCCGAGAGCGGCCCCAGCCUCGUAACGACAUGUAUGAGAAGAUGGUGGCCGUGGACCCCGAGGCCCCAACCGCCCAGGAACGAGCCCAGCAGGCAGUGCUGAAAACCAGGUACAUGCAGUGGAGGGAGACGCUGAGCUCCACAACAACUCUGGGGUUCCGUGUCGAAGGAUUCAGGGUGAGCUCAUCGAAGCUUGUAGAGAAGGCAAAUGAAGACUGUCACACAAACUUCAAACGGACGAAAAGCCGAGAGCAAGUGAUGGAAGCACUUGGUGGUUUUGUUGAGUCCAGAACGCACAUUGUGUGGGGUUACCUGAGACAGUUGAAACAGUUGCGGCAGGUCCUGGAGGCAUCCGACUUCUUCAGAACACACGAGGUUGUGGGCAGCUCCUUACUGUUUGUGCAUGACUGGACAGGCAGAACAGGCGUCUGGAUGAUUGACUUUGGAAAGACAGUGGCCUUGCCUCCGCCCCUCACUUUGGACCACCGCACUCCCUGGGUAGAGGGCAAUCGAGAAGAUGGCUACCUGUGGGGUCUGGACAAUCUCAUUGGUAUACUAGAAAACAUCUUGCCACUGAGCUGAACGCCGAAUGUGUGGAUAUUCCCUCUCCAACUUAGUUCACAUUAACAAAUGAAUAACUGCACAUGGAUUGGCUUCUGAAAUGGAUGUUGUUGUCAGAAUUGUGGGAAUAUGAAAAUACAGUAAUGAACCAAACCAUAAGGUUGUAGAAAAUGAUAGAUGUGGUUAAUAACAAUAACUCACCCGCACUGGACCGGAGCAAAAACAAACAAACAAACAAACAAACACAGUCUUGGUUUCCAGCCUCAGCCGGAUGUGUCAAACUCUGCAAUGUCAAAGCUGACUUCCUCAUUAUUUCAGGAAACGCGAAGCACAAGCAAUUAAAAGAUAGAGAUAUCUGUGACUGGAGAUGCUCAGUUUAAAUGUCACACUAUUAAAAUGGUGCUAAAAGUA